AUGGGAGUUUUAGGGCUAUGGAAGCUAAUUGAACAAUCCGGUAAACCGAUUCCAUUAGAUACUUUGGAAAACAAAGUGCUGGCUGUUGAUAUCUCCAUAUGGCUCCAUCAGGUGAUAAAAGGGUUCCAGGACUCGAAAGGUAGCGCCUUACCAAACGCACAUGUUCUUGGUUUGUUUCACCGAUUGUGCAAACUGAUGUACUAUCGCAUAAAACCAAUAUUUGUGUUCGAUGGUGGCGUUCCUAUUUUAAAGAAACAAACGAUUGCAAAACGUAAUCAAAGCAAAAACAAUUACCAAAAUGAAGCGGACCGUAUACAACAACUUUUGCUUGAGACUUUGGCAAAGGAGAAGGUUGUACAACAGGCUCUUGGUUCGGCAACCAACAUUCUCAUAUCACCGUCGAAAAAAGCCAUCACUAACGACGGUGCCGGUCCGAGUAAGCAAAAUCGAGAGGAGGAACCGGAUGCCAUGUUCAAACUGCCCCCUUUGAAAGCUCCUGAGGAAUCGAACGAAUUAGAUAAGAGCGACAGCUCGAUGGACGAAAAAACAUCGCGAAAUUAUUAUCACCUAAAUUUGAAUGCGAUUGAUGUGACCAGCAUUUAUUUCAAAAACCUACCCGCAGAUGUCCGACACGAAAUCUUAAACGACAUUAAAGAAACUCGUAAGCAGUCGUCCUGGGGAAGGUUGCACGAACUUCCCGUGGAAAGUAAUUCAUUUUCGUCAUUCCAAAUGAAUCGCUUGUUGAAACGACGCCAGGUGCAGGUAGAACUGGAGGAAGCUGAGAAGGAAAUGGGCGGAAAAUGUCUCUCGUUGGCAGAGUUGGAAUCAUUGAUGAAUGAGGAAGGCAUCGAUACCUCGUCGAGUAAGGCAGCACAAAAAAUCGCUUCCGAUGAAAACACGAGAUUUCUGCUAGUACGGGAUGUUCAAAAAGCGAUAGAGAAGGCAAAAGCUCGAGAAGAAGCGGACAAACUUGCUCCAAAACCUCCUAAACUUGCGAAGCUUACUAGGGAGGAAGUAGACGCCAAAUUGCAAGAAGUGAUCGAUGAUAAAGAAAUGGAUGAGGAGUUGCAGUUGGCAAUAAAAAUGUCCCUGAUGCAGGAUGAAAAUCCUCACGCUAUGAUCGAUCUGGACGAUGAUGAUUUGCGUAUGUCGCGAGAACAGAAACAAGCGCUAGGAAAUGCUGCCCAAAGUUUGGCUCGUGGGUUUAUGCUCGAGUAUGGUGGACUUACAACCGAGGAAUUCAACGAGUUGCUACACCAGACGCAGGAUGUCGAUAGUGGCGAUGUAAACGAUUCAAUGUCUCAGAUGUUUGUUCACAAUGAAGUGUCAAUCAUUGAUCCUACGCUCGAACCUGUCCAUGAGCUUCCUGAUGAAGAUGUGAUUGAAGUUGAGGAUGAUGAAAAAAAUCUUGAAACAGCAUACACUGAAGCAGAGACAGAAUCAGAUUCGGAUUUUAUUGACGUGCCAGAGGACAGUGAUUCACCGCUGCCAAGUAUUACGUUGCCGCUCAAUGCCACCAACCACUUCAAACCCCAUUAUAAACCGAUCGUGGAUUUUACUAUCGACGAUUUGAAUUGUUUAGAUAAGACAGCUGUUUCUGAUACGAAAAAAGUACUCGAAGUGGUUAUCAAGCAAGAUGAUAUCGGUGCUUGCGACAAGGACGAUAUAUUUGCUGAUAUCUUUACUGAAAAAGAAAGUGACCCGAUCAAAAUGGAAACGAAUGCAGAACAGACAAACAAACGAUUGAUCAGUAUACCUACAGCACCGAUGAUCAGUAUACCUAGCGAACAAGUGAAAGAAUUUGCAGCCAAGGAGGAUAAUUUGGAAAUGGCUGAAUGCAUAGUUGCAACGAAAAUUGCUGUUCCUAAGGCGCCUUUUGCAUUAAAAAUAAAGAACGUAGACGACAUCAACGCACAAUUGAAGGAGGAACUCGAAAACCUCAAGAAACGUCCCCAAGCCAUCGAUCUAGGAAGCUCUAGUAACCAGCUUGUGUUGUCUAAUUUGAGUGGUCUCGAACCAAGUACAAAAUUGGAAACCAUUAAUGAGAUGCUGAAGCAGCAGCUUGAGGAUCUUAAAUUGGGGAAAAGUACAUUGAACUUGGAUGAAAUUAAACUCGAUGCUGCAACGAUGGAUGUUGGAAAGGGCACUUCUAAAGAAAUCGAAGAUCACGAUGACAGUGACACGACAAUCAUAUAUGAUGCUGAUGACGCUGAUUCUGGAGACAAAAUAGCUUCUGAAACGGAAAAACUCGAAGGCGAAGAGAAGAAUGAUCUAGCUUCCUCUUCAACGAAGGAUGACGCAGACGUACAUGUGUCUGAUUCCGUUCCCGUAAUAGAAAUUCUAGACAGCCCACACAAAAAAGGAACGUUGGAACAUUUGGUUCUUUCUCGGACACCUGGAAAGGAUUCACAGAAGCAAUUGCCUGAGGAAUCGAUUCCUUACGUACCGCAGCCUUUCUUCGUAAACAAAACGCCUACGAAGUCGCCUUCGAAGGAAGCAAUUCAAAAGAAUGAAACCGAAAAGGCAAAUGGCUCUGGAAAAUCUGUAUCCAAAGAGCUGUUUCCUCCAAAGGAUGACUCCGAGCCAAAGCCAUCUACAAGUAAAGCAUCAGUUGCUGCCCUGGAACCAAAGCCAGUCAGUGCUGAAAAUCUUAUCACCGAAAUGGCGGACACGUUGAAGGAAUCGCACACUACGUCGGAACUUUAUAGGAUGGCGUUGGAUUUGGAGCAAACUGAGCGCGAAUUGGAACGCGAAAAGAACAAACAAUCUCGCCUCGGUGUGUCCAUUACCGAUCAGAUGCGCAGCGAUUGCAUGGAGCUAUUGCAGAUGUUUGGCGUACCGUACAUCGUCGCACCGAUGGAGGCGGAAGCACAGUGUGCAUUUUUGAAUCAGAUCGAAAUGACGGACGGAACAAUCACAGACGACAGUGAUAUCUGGCUGUUCGGUGGGCAGCGAGUGUACAAAAAUUUCUUCAAUCAGCAAAAGCUGGUGUUCGAGUUCACAAUCGAAGGCAUCGAGAAAAUGUUCCACAUGGAUCGCAAAAAGUUGAUCCAAUUGGCACUGCUGGUGGGUAGCGAUUAUACGACGGGUAUACACGGUAUUGGUGCCGUGACGGCUUUAGAGAUAUUGGCUUCGUUCCCACCUACUCCGGAGCAGUCGGGUGAAACGACCGAGCUGAUGUCGAUGCUAUCGGGAUUGAGGAAGUUUCGCGACUGGUGGCAACAUGGUAGAAACGGUGCUACUGGUUCGAGAAUGGCGUUAAAAUCGAAGCUCAAGAAUAUCGACAUUAGUGAGGGUUUUCCAAGCUCGGGCGUAGUUGACGCUUAUUUGCGACCAACUGUCGAUUGCAGCGAGGAGCAAUUUACCUGGGGCUAUCCAGAUGCGGAGCGGUUACGCGACUAUGCGUGCAAGAAAUUCGGAUGGACAGUAACGAAAACGAACGAUAUACUGCUGCCGGUGUUAAAGCGACUGGAUGAGAGGAAAUCUCAGACCUCAAUAAAGAAUUUCUUCAAAGUGCAGAGCGCCGUCGGUCACAACCGGCUGAAGGUGAGUAAGCGGGUGCAGCAUGCUGUCGAUACGAUGGCAGGGAAGAUUGAUCCAAAUGAGGAGAAACCAAAACCCAAGAAGAAAACCCCAACAAAACCAAAACAAGCGGGUAGUCGAAAGCGGAAAGAAACUACUGAAAGGGCGGAGGAAGUAAUGGAUCUCGAUGAGGAUGAAGAAGGAAAAAAAUUUGCCGAAAAAAGUCAACGUGCUGUAUCAGAAGAAGAUGAGGAUUUCAUUUUACCGAAAAAACCCACUAAGAAAACUAAUACAGCUAGCAAACAAGCUGCUGGUACUAAGGGAUCCACCAAUAAACCGAAGCGUAGUCGUAAGAAAGCAUCAACAGAAGAAGAUACAAAAAAAGCGGAGUCUUUGGAUGGCGCACAACAACAAUCAGAAACGGAUGGUUCCAACCCACAACGCCCGGGUCUGGCGAACAUAGCUGGAAUCAUUGCCAACAUCAACCAGCAUUCGGCCGCUAGCAUGGAAGAUGCCAACGGAACCACAGGUGGUCGAAAGAAGCGGGUGGGAAACAAGAUACCCGAUUUCAAUCCUGCCAUUCCACAACGUGUAAAGGAUGAGCAAGAAAUGGUCAAACGGAAGCAGCGAGCAGCUGAAUUGUUUAAGAAACUAAAAGCUGAAGGAAAGAGUAAAAGGAAAUAAGUUUGCUGGUGUGUAUU